AUGCCGCACUGGACUCUUUCGUUAACCUCGCUAUUCGCUAUCGGCUGUGCCGUCUUUCCCGCUCAAGUGUCUUCCCAAGUCGUACCCGCCUCAUCCGCAGCCUCUCAGUUCUCACUCGGCUCAAGCACAUCUCUUCCCUUCCCCACCGCCACACUCUCCAACAAUGACGCCCAAACCUUCCUGAACUCUGACUGGGGCCUAUCCAAAGGACGGAUUCAGAACGGAGCAUCAGACCUCACGUUCGUCUCCGAUCCUUUCCCGAACAACCCGGUUCCUACGUCUUCUACGGGAGGCGACACUACCAACACUUCGAGUCCGGUUCUGCAGGUCGAUUAUGCGAAGGGAAGCUUCUCGGACGAUGACAGUGGAGGUGCGCAGAUGUAUGCGCUUUGGAACGCGAGUGGGGAUGCGUGGGAGAGUAUGAUGGUUAGUUAUGAGGUUGCGUUUGAUGAGGGGUUUGAUUGGGUGAAGGGGGGGAAGUUGCCGGGGUUGAGGGGGGGGAGUGCGAAUGGGUGUUCGGGAGGUAGUCAGGCGGAUGGGUCGGAUUGUUUUAGUACGAGGAUUAUGUGGAGGACGGAUGGGGAGGGUGAAGUGUAUGCCUAUAUACCCAAACCGAACGAUAUUUGCGAGAAUGCGAAUGUUACGUGCAAUGACGAGUUUGGUGCGAGUAUCAGCCGGGGCGUAUUCAGUUUUGCUGGUGGACAAUGGAAUCGCGUCACCCUACUCGUACGGAUGAACAGCCCACUCAACACGACGAACGGGCAGAUCGUUGUCUAUUACAACGACAUCGAGGUAAUCAAUCAAGCCGAUUUCCAGUUCCGCAAUGACAGCUCCCUCACGCCUGGUGGCUUCUAUUUCUCAACAUUUUUUGGCGGCGAUGAUUCUUCUUGGGCCCCCUCGAGCGACGUACACUCUUACUUCCGCAAUAUACAAAUGUGGGCAAGUACAUCAGCAUCAGACCUCGAAGGAGCUACCGUCAGCUCGACCGCUUCACGACUCAUACCAUUCGCAAGCUCCGGGAGCUGGAUGCUAUGGAUAGCAUGUCUAUGUAUCGCUGCGGCUAUAGGUUUUCCUAUGUGA